GUCCCUGGAGUCCAUCAACUCCAGGCUUCAGCUGGUUAUGAAAAGUGGCAAAUAUGUGCUUGGGUACAAACAGACCCUGAAAAUGAUUCGUCAGGGCAAAGCCAAGUUGGUCAUCCUCGCCAACAAUUGUCCUGCUUUGAGAAAAUCAGAGAUUGAGUACUACGCUAUGCUUGCCAAGACCGGUGUCCAUCAUUAUAGUGGGAACAACAUUGAGUUGGGCACAGCAUGUGGAAAAUACUACAGAGUGUGCACACUGGCCAUCAUUGACCCAGGUGACUCUGACAUCAUUAGAAGCAUGCCAGAACAAACCAGUGAGAAGUAAAUGCUGUAAAGGUGUUUUUUCUACAAUAAAACUGGUUACAGAUCUCCUUAAAGAAAAAU